AUGGCAUCAUCAAGCUGGCUACAGCGAGGUAAUAAUCGUUUGCAAGGCUUGUUGCUAGAUAUAUCUGGUGUUUUAUACAAUUCUGGCGUUUCUGGUGGUCAAGCAAUUGAUGGAUCUGUAGAGGCUUUAGCAAGAUUGAAGAAAGCACAUUUUCCCCUUAGAUUGUGCACAAAUGAAUCUCAGUGUUCGAUCGAUACAUUAGUUAAGAAAUUACAACGUUUAGGAUUUAAUGUUCAGGAGGAAGAUAUCUAUUCACCUAUUAAAGCAGUUAAAAGUUUUUUGAUAGAAAACUCACUACGCCCUCAUUUGCUUGUACAUCCAGACGUCUUGGAUGAAUUUGUUGAUAUCGACCAAUCAAAUCCUAACUGUGUAGUUAUUGGUGAUGCUACAGAUGCUUUUUCUUAUGCAGCACUAAAUGAAGCUUUUACAAUACUAAUGAACAUGAAGCAACCCAAGCUGAUUUCUCUAGGAAAAGGACGAUAUUACCAGGAAACUGAUGGAUUGAAGCUUGAUGUUGGCCCUUUCUCCAAGGUGUUAGAAUAUGCAUGCCAGAUUGAAGCAGAAGUAGUCGGCAAACCAUCGAAAACAUUUUUUAUGGCGGCACUUGCCGGUUUCAAUAUUAAUCCAGAACAUUUUCUGAUGAUUGGUGAUGAUGUUGUAAGCGAUGUUGGUGGCGCACAAGCUUGCGGCUUACGUGGAGUUUUGGUUAGAACAGGAAAAUAUAGACCAUCCGACGAGAAUCAUCCACAAGUUCAACCAGAUGCUGUUGUAAAUAAUCUAGCGCAAGCAGUCGACUCCAUCUUGCAAUAA